CCUUCUUCACUGCAUGUGAGAAUCGAAUACAAUGUCUGGUGGUCGAGCUCCUAGCAAGAAUGUCACCUGGACCAAGCCUCAGGAGCCUACAUUCCUCAAGGCAUUCAAGGAUAAAGUAGGGUACAAAGAGCCUGUCAGUAUUGAUGCAAAGCGUGAGGCAGGGCCACCCCCGAGUGUGGAGGACAGAGAAGAUAGAGAGGAUGAGCUGCCAACUGUUGUGGUCCUUAAGGCCGGGGAUGUAAAUCAGGAUGAGUUCAUGCAGUACAGAAAGACUACGAAGAAGAAGGGUGAUGAGAGUUCUGGUGACGCUGAUGGCACUGGCAGAAUAGUGUUCAACAAACCAACCAAAAGAAAGAGCUCAGAAGGAGCUCUCGGUGCGUCUACAAGUAAGAAAGCCAAAAAUGAUGAAGAUCAUCGAAAAACCGGGCAAAAGAAGACUAACAGUAGCAAAGGAGUUAAAAACAAAGGAGUUAAAAACAAAAGUUUGUUAUCUUUUGGUGAUGAUGAUGAGCAAUAGCAAUUAUAAUAAUUAUUAUUGUUCAUUUCAUUGCAACUAUAUCUACAAUAAUAAUUAUCUACAA